AUGUACAAGGUUCUAGAGCGGAACAUCCUCGACCGACUAAUCCGACAGCGCAAAGAAGCCAUCCGUGACGAGCAAGGUGGCUUUCGCCUUGGUCCAUGGACGCCUGGUCAGAUGUUUAUUGUGAGGAGACUGAUUGAAGCAGUAUUCAAAGACACUACAGGAAAAUUCGUACGCCUAAUGAACGACAUGAAUAGAAGGACAAUUGCCGCAGUUCGAACACCAGCUGGAUGUACUACACCGUUCGAAGUGGAAACUGGAGUGAGACAAGGAGGCGUGGCGGGACCCUUCUGUCCAACUUUUACCGUCGAUGGUUUAAUGCGAAGAACAACUGAGCAGUGUCCCGUUGAUGUCAUCUUAGCACCGUCUCCACGUGUCUUGGUGGACGUCGAGUACACCGACAAUGUAGUAAUAUUCGCUUCUAGCAGCGCGAAGUUACAACAUGUUGUUAACAUUGUAUCGAAAUUAGCGGCCUACAGACUACGACUCCGCCUGAUAAAUGCAAGCAGAUCAAAGAUGUGCUGCAGCUUAUUCGGCAUUCAACGCAUUGACCAAGUGGCUGUGGUCGAACCCCAUCACCAGCAAAGUGAAACACCGAAUCUACCUACCCGCAGUUCACCCUAUCAAGAUGUACGGACUGGAGGCUUGGGCGGCGCCGUUGACAGCGAUCGAAGAGCUUGA